AGAAAUCAACGUGCGAGAAAUACAAAAACUCGUGAUUAGUUCUGUCUCUUUACCUUCAUGUGUUGUUACGUGACCGUUGUUACUUGUGCUCCGUUUUUGCGCUGCGCCAACGCUGCUCUCCGUGGAAACCCGAAAGUGAAGCGUCUUGCUUCCAAGUGUUGACGAGUUAUUUUGACUUCCAUCUACGUUCCGUCAAGCAAUAACAACACAACAAAAAACACUUCCUUUCUGAAAUGUCGCACAACGAAAGUGCAGCAUCGGCCCUUCCGCAAAGCGGUGUGAAGAAGCUCCGCUUUGAUGACGCGGCGACGGAGACACCUUCGGCUUCUGAUGGCGGUGUCACGAGCGGGCGAUCUGCCCGAAAGAGCUCUCCCACCAUUAGUUCUGUAUCCCCCUUCGCUUCCUCCCUGCGCCGCCCAUCUGAGGCACCGAGCAGCCACAGCGACGCGCACGUGCAGCUGAACCCGAACCCGGAAGUGAUCCAGCACGACGGCAGCGUCACGACGCUAGCUGCUUCCAUCGCUCACGCUGAUGCCCACCCACUUCCCGCCGUGGAGGAGCCCGCGGGAGAGGUAGCGAACUUCCUUGCCGACGUCGGGGCUGGCUUGAGCGUCAACAAUGGCGCCAGCUCCAACAGCAUCAGCGCCGCCUCCGGGCCAACUGUGUCGGGUGGCUCCUUCAACGUGUCCUCCACCGCGGUUGGGGGCGGCAACGGGAGCUGGACCGCCGACAGCACCGCUCGCUCCGCCACGCCAGACGCGAGCGUGCGCUUUCGCACACUGCUGCUGCAGCUUUCCGCUCUCAUCCUCGAGCACCGCCCUAAAGACCCGGAACAGUACAUUGUUGACCACCUCAACGCCUGUUUGCUCUCCGCCAGCGUCAUCAGCCGUGCUCCACUAAACGAGUUGGACGCGGGACAGAAGUCGAAAGCCGGAGGCGACGCCUCGCUCGCAGAGGGCCACGCUAGCCGCGGUGCGGAGUUGUCCCUGCAAGGCCCUCCCUCUACUGCGGAGACGGCCGCCGCCUUCCAGCCUUUUGGUGACACGGUGGUGGAGCGGCUGGCCAGCAACGUGCUGUCGACCAAGGUUGGCCAUUCCGUCCUCUUGAGUGUGGCGGAGCUGCUCAUCAGCACGCAACCAGACGAUCCGGAAGAUUUCUUGUGGUCGCGCUUGGAGGCGCGCAGCUUCGGAGAGGAGGCGUCGCACAACAUCACGAUGAACGCGGAUGGCUUCCCUGUGGUGCGGCCGGAAGACCCCGCCCAGCUGGCGCUGCUCAAGGAUAUCCCCGCGUCUUCGCCUGGGUACGUCAUUGCGGUCAAUUUGCUUCCGGUGCUCUUCGCCAAGAAGCCUGCCGAUCCGAUCAGCUACCUCUUUUACCACGUAGCCAACCGUGCCCGCUCGAGCGCAGUGCCAUCCGCCCACUCCUCCACCCGCCACCUGCGCGUGAAUGCCGACGAGGAAGACGACUUUGAGGUGGAAAGCUGCACCUCGCGCGAGUUCGGCGAAGACAGCUACUCCGGUGCCGAGGACGUCGUCGAAACCGGCAGCGUAAGCGAGUCCGCCAACCAACUCCCUCUCCAGCGCAAGGGCUCCCUCGGCAGCUUAUUUGAUGCGGCAGCGGCGGCUUCCGGCACGAUCGCUGUGGCCGGGCAGUCAUUGCGCCGCUCCACGGGUGACCGCGGCCUCGGCGGGCGGCACCGGCAGUCACACGGCAGGACAAACUCGCGCGGCAGCAGCGUACGUCGCAGCACCGCGCCCACCGCGGGCUCGUCUCGCGCCUUGAAAGACUCCUCUAACCCCCCGUCGGUGCCUGACGAGCUCUCCGCACUCUUCAGCAGCGCCACGAAACGAGUCAGCAUCGCCCAGCAGGAGGUGCAGCUGCCGUCGCCGUCUCACUUCUCGUACGACAGCAGCGCCCUCCCGGGCAACAACGCGGCCAGCAACGGUACCGGAGGUGCCUCGAUCACCAACAGCGGAGCAGCGGCACCGACCCGCUCAAGCCGCGAUACCGGCGCUACCGCCGAGCCACAGGUCUGCGUGGGAACGCAGUACCCUCCCGCGUCAGCCCCUGCGCAUCCGGCGAAUGGCACGCUGCGGAAGGUGGAAGCCGAAGAGCACGCGCGCAUUCGGCAGGAGUUUGAUCUUUUGCGCCUGCGAGAGGAAUUGCGCCUGGAGAGACUGCAGUACGAGGUGCGCACGCUGACCCGAGAAUGUGAGUACCGCACGCGGAUGGCGAUGCUCAACAAGACGGACCGCAUGGCGGACCGCGCCGCCGCUGCCUCCCGGGAAGCUCUGGAAGAGGCGCACACCUAUCGCGGGUUUUUGUGUGCGCAGAUUGACCAGCUGGACGGCGAGCAGCAGCGGCAGCUCCGCACCGUUUCACAGCACAUUGGCCGGAUGGCGUUCCCUGUGCAGGUGGCUGCCUCCGCGCUUCCGUCGCCUUCGUUUUCCACGUUGCUCGGCGAGGACGCCGCUUUCCGACAGGCGGAGCAGCAGCACGUCUGUGGAUCCACUUCGACGUACAGCGUCCCGAGUGAGCUGGACAUCCUUAAGAAACAAGUGGAACUGCUAACGAUGGAGCAGGCCCGAGCGAAACACCACGACUGCGUCUCGGCAGCAUUCAACCCCUACGCAUCCACGCAGCAGAACAGAUACCGUCCAGCUGCAAUACCCGGUGCGCAAACAAGCGCCCGACCACCGUACUCGGUGCAGUGA